AUGACUGUGAAAAAGUUCACUGUGCAAUCUCCUUAUUUAUCGGACUUAUCGUAUUCUAAUUACUCGUCUGACGAUAGCGAUGCAGAAGAAGAUACCGAUAGUGAUGUAGAAGAUACCGAUAGGUGCUUGGUUAUUGAUACUCCGGCAUUUACAUACUUAGACAUCGAUGAUUAUUCAGCAGACUUUUUUUUGAUCGAGAAUAAGCCAAAUUGUUGCGAGCAAGUUUGUGUCAACCUACAUUGGUCUUUCCCUGAUAUUGACAAGUUCUUUAGAUCUUUUUCUGCAGUCUUGUUUCUUGAGUUGAAUUUGAACGAGAAAAUGAUUGUGUGCUUUAGCACCAUCAAAUUCUCUCGGCUGACAAAGUGUAAGAUACUUCCGGGUGACACAGACUGGAUGGAUUCACUUGUGUCUUUCCUUCAAAACACUCCCAAGCUAAAGUUUCUUACAGUUGAUUAUUUGUUUACCCAUCAACCCCCAGACGCCUCUAUCUCGUGGAGCGAAUCAAGUUAUGAUCCUGAAUGCUUAUCAUCAAGUCUGGAGAAGUUUGAGCUGAAAAACUAUGGAGGAAGAAAAGAAGAGAAAGAAUUGGUGGAAUACAUCCUAACCACCUCUAGAUGUCUAAAGACGGCGAUAAUCUCCUUGUCCUUGUCAAAACUUGAAGACAAAGACACAACGAUUGAGGAGUUGAAAGCUAUUCCUAGGGUUUCACUAACAUCUCAGCUUUUUUUAAAAAACGAUGAGCUUUCUGUGUAG